AUGGCUACUGUAGCAAAAGACCACCUCUCCGGUCACCCGGGUCACCUCGACGCCGCCCAAGAAUCCGCCCUCGCCCAGUUCCGGCAAGAACUCCUCGCCGAGGGCUUGAUCCCAGCGGACCACGCCGAGCUGACCGCCCGGAUCAAGUAUGACCGGUUCGACGACGCGACCCUCCUUCGGUUCUUGAGGGCUCGCAAGUUUGACCUCCCCAAGGCAAAGCAGAUGUGGGCGGCGAAUGAGAAGUGGAGGAAGGAGUUUGGAGCGGAUGACAUUGCUGCCAACGGCUACGACUACCACGAAGGCGCCGACGUCAAUAAGUACUAUCCCCAAUUCUACCACAAGACGGACAAAGAAGGCCGCCCCAUCUAUAUCGAGCAGCUCGGCAAGCUCGACUACAACAAGCUCUACGCGCUCACCACCCAAGAGCGCCAGCUCAGGCACCUCGUCGAUCAGUACGAGCGCUUCUUUAGGGACAGGCUGCCGGCUUGCUCCAAGACGAGCGGACACCUCGUUGAGACGAGUUGCACGAUCCUCGAUUUGCACAAUGCCGGCGUGUCGACUUUCUAUAAGGUCAAGGACUACGUCUCUGCUGCUUCCGCUAUCGGACAGAACAACUACGUGAGCUACUCCCCUGAUUCUGCCGACUCGUCUUCCCCUCUUCUCACUUCACUCCAUCCCGAGACCAUGGGUCACAUGUUCAUCGUCAACGCUCCCUACCUCUUCUCGACCGUCUGGUCAUUCGUCAAGCCCUGGCUUGACGAGGCCACCGUCCGCAAGAUCCAUAUCCUCGGCAAGGGGUUCAAGACAGAGCUCCAGCAGUAUAUCGACCCCGCCAACCUUCCUUCGGACCUCGGAGGGAGCUGCAAGUGCGCGGGAGGGUGUAGCUUGAGCGACGCGGGACCAUGGAACGAGGUCGCGCAGGCGUAG